AAGAAAAGCGACCAACAAAGCAUAAUAGAACGAUGGCAAACUGAUGUGAGACUAGUCUCUACCCAAGUAGAAGAGGAACUUCUGAAUAAAGGAAACCCAAGUCAAGUGUUCGAUGUGAUCCCAUAACUGAGAUUCUCAUGUUCAAAAUUGAACCGACCACCUCGGCGGCCGGCCAAACCCUCUCUCUUCCCGGAUCUUUAAUUUCGUAGCAAUCCUGUCGGUCUAUGAAAUUGUUCUUCUGUUAAACCAUUAAAGUUGGAAAUUGAGGAGUUUUGCGUCUCUUUCAAAUGGAAUUAGGCUCUCUUAAUAGUGAUCAGGUACAGGAUGCUGAAGCUUGUGUUGGAGAAGGAAAAAAAGAGUUUGUUGCACCUGCUAUACGAAUGGAGUUCGAUUCAUAUGAGGAUGCUUAUAAUUAUUACAAUUGCUAUGCUAAGGAACUGGGGUUUCGUGUUAGAGUGAAGAAUUCGUGGUUUAAGAGGAACAGUAAAGAGAAGUAUGGUGCUGUUCUUUGUUGCAGCAGUCAAGGUUUCAAAAGGAUUAAAGAUGUGAACCGUAUAAGAAAGGAGACAAGAACUGGUUGUCCUGCAAUGCUAAGGAUGAGGUUAGUAGACUCCAAAAGGUGGAGGAUACUUGAAGUUUCACUUGAACAUAACCUUAUAGGUACAAAGAUCUACAAAUCGAUGAAAAAAAUGGGAAGUGGAACAAAGAGGAAGUCACAGUCAAGUUCAGAUGUAGAAAAGCGAACAAUCAAACUGUAUCGAGCACUUGUUAUAGAUUCAGGGGGUGGUGGACUAUCCAAUUCACAUGCAACAGAAGCCAGGAAUGAUAUUCCCAAUCAGUUGAACCUGAAAAAAGGUGACACACAAGCAAUCUAUAAUUACCUUUGUCGUAUGCAGUUAACAAAUCCAAACUUCUUUUACUUGGUGGACAUCAAUGAUGAUGGGCGUUUGAGAAAUGUGUUUUGGAUUGAUGCUAGGUCAAGGGCGGCGUGCAGUUAUUUUGGUGAUGUGAUAUAUUUUGACAACACAUACUUGGCAAAUAAAUUUGAGAUCCCACUUGUGGCGUUAGUGGGGAUAAAUCACCAUGGUCAAGCGAUGCUUCUUGGCUGUGCUUUGCUUGCAGGGGAGACGACAGAAUCCUAUAUUUGGUUGUUCAAAGCUUGGCUUACAUGUGUGUCACGACGUUCUCCGCAAACAGUUAUUACUGACAGGUGCACUGUUGUGCAGAGUGCAAUAUCUGAGGUGUUUCCUAGCUGUCAUCAUCACUUUGGUUUGUCUCUGAUCAUUAAAAAGGUUCCAGAGAAGUUGGGAGGAUCACGCAAUUAUGAUGCAAUUAGGAAGGCACUGUUUAAAGCAGUUUAUGAAACUCUGAAGGUUAUAGAAUUUGAAGCAGCAUGGAGGUACAUAAUUCACCAUUUUGGAGUGGGUGAUCAUGAGUGGCUUCAAUCUUUGUAUGAAGACCGAUUUAGGUGGGCUCCAGUUUACUUGAAAGACACAUUUUUUGCCGGAAUGUCGGCCGCUCGUCCAGGUGAAACCUUGAGUCCAUUUUUUGAAAAAUACGUACACAAGCAAACUCCACUGAAAGAAUUUCUGGACAAGUACGAAUUGGCUCUACAGAAGAAGCACAAGGAAGAAGCGCUUGCGGAUAUCGAGUCAAGAAGCUCAAGUCCCCUGUUAAAAACAAAAUGUUCUUUUGAGCUGCAGCUUUCGAAAGUUUACACUAGUGACAUGUUCAAAAAAUUCCAGUUGGAAGUGGAGGAGAUGUAUUCUUGUUUUAGCACUACACAGUUGCACAUUGAUGGGCCAAUCAUAAUAUUCUUGGUCAAGGAGCGUGUCGUGGCAGAUGGGAAUCAGCGAGAGAUAAGAGAUUAUGAAGUUAUGUACAACAGAACAGCAGGUGAGGUUCGUUGUAUCUGCAGUUGCUUUAACUUCAAUGGGUAUCUAUGCCGGCAUGCUUUGUGCGUCCUCAAUUUUAAUGGGGUGGAGGAGAUCCCUUCUAAGUACAUUUUGUCACGAUGGAAAAAGGAUUACAAGCAUGGCUCCAGUAGUGUUGAUGUUAAUGACCGUAUGCAGUGGUUCAGUCAGUUGUAUUGAAGUGCCCUGCAAAUUGUAGAGGAAGGUGUGAUCUCUCUUGACCAUUACAAUGUAGCACUGCAAACAUUUGAAGAGUCUUUGAAAAGGGUUCAUGAGAUAGAAGAGAAGCAUGGACCUGAAAACUUGUAUGUUAAUGAUGUCGAGGCUUUUGUAAUUAUUAACUGUAGUGUCAUCACUCUGCUCUUCUUACGAUACAUACGAACUGGAAAUUUAAUGAGAAACACUACUAUGGAUGAAGAUUCUCUCAACACGGAUCCAGCGGGUGAUGAUGAUGCUGAUGGUUAUGAGAUUGAAGGAGACUGUGCAAUGACAGAGUUUGUAACUCAAACUGGAAUUAUACAAGGAGAGAAUCCUCUCCCUCCAUCGGCUGGAAUGGAGUUUGAUUCUUAUGAGGAUGUGUACUACUUCUACAAUUGCUACGCUAAGCAACAGGGUUUUGGGGUUAGAGUGAGCAAUACAUGGUAUAGAAAGACCAAGGAGAGAUAUAGAGGGAAGCUUAGCUGCAGUAGUGCAGGUUUCAAAAAGAAGAGUGAAGCUAAUCGCCCGAGGCCGGAGACUAGGACAGGUUGUCCAGCAAUGGUGAAGUUUAGGUUAAUGGAAUCCAACAGGUGGAGAAUUAUUGAAGUUGAGCUUGAGCACAAUCAUUUGAUCAGUCCAGCGAGUGGUAAAUUUUAUAAAUCCCACAAGAGCAUAGGUGGUGGAACAAAAAGAUCAUUGCAGUUGGAUAAUGCUGAAGAAGUACAAAAGAUCAGGCUGUUCCGAACAGUGAUUGUUGAUUCUGAGGGUAACAGAAGCAUAGAUGUUGACAAAGGAAGAUCUGGUGAUAAAGUGGACUACUCCAAUCAGCUGAAACUUAAAGAAGGAGAUGCCCAAGCUGUUCAGAAUUUCUUUUCUCGCUUGCAAUUGAUGGAUCCAGACUUCUUUUAUGUAGUGGAACUAAAUGAGAAAGGAUGCUUGAGAAAUUUGUUUUGGGCUGAUGCGAGGAGUAGAGUUGCUUACACUUAUUUCAGUGAUGUAGUUUCCAUUGACACUGCAUGCUUGGAGAACAAAUUUGAAGUUCCAUUAGUCUUGUUCAGUGGAGUUAAUCACCAUGGAAAAUCUGUGCUGCUGGGAUGUGGUUUACUUGCAAGUGGGACUAUUGAAUCCUAUACAUGGUUGUUUAGAGCUUGGCUUACAUGCAUAUUGGGACGUCCUCCACAAGCCAUCAUAACUGACCAAUGCAGAACGUUACAAAUUGCUAUUGCUGAUGUUUUUCCUAGAGCUUCUCACUGUCUUUGCUUGUCUCAAAUAAUGCACAAAGUUCCAGAAAAUUUAGGUGGACUAAUUGAGUAUGAAGCAAUUAAAGCAGCUUUUAUAAGAGCAGUUUACUUCUCUUUGAAGGUGGAGGAAUUUGAAGCAGCCUGGGAAAAUAUGAUCCAGCGUCAUGGAAUUAGGGAUCAUAAAUGGCUUCAAGCAUUAUUUGAGGAUCGAAAGCGGUGGGUUCCAGUAUAUUUGAAGGAUAUGUUUUUGGCAGGGAUGUUUCCUAUGCAACCAAAUGAGGUUCUCUCUUCAUUUUCUGAAGAAUUUCUGGUUAAAAGUACUCCUCUGAAAGAAUUUUUAGAUAAGUAUGAUCAAGCUCUGCAGACUCAUCAUCAGCUGGAAGCCUUGGCAGAUACGGAUUCAAGAAACUCAAGUUAUAUGUUCAAAUCAGGAAGUCAUUUUGAGUUGCAACUCUCGGAACUGUACACUAAUGACAUCUUAAGGAAGUUUGGGAAGGAGGUAGAGGGGAUGUACUCUUGUUUUAGCACAAGACAAAUAAAUGUUGAUGGGCCAGUCAUUACAUAUGCAGUGAAGGAUGAAAGUGAAGUUGAUGGUAAUAGGAGGGAACUGAGAGAAUAUGAAGUUUUGUAUAAUCCAUCUGAGACGGAGGUCCUUUGCGUCUGUGGUAUGUUCAACUUGAAAGGAUAUUUAUGCAGGCAUGCGCUCUCCAUCCUAAACCAUAAUGGGAUACAGGAGAUUCCAGCUCAAUACAUUCUUUCACGAUGGAGAAAAGAUGUCAAGCGCAGUUAUGUUUACGAUCACAGCUGCAGUGGCAUUGAUAUUAAUAACCCAGUUCACAGGUACGAUCAUCUGUAUAAAUGCAUCGUGCAGGUUGUGGAGGAAGGAAGGAAGUCACAAGACCGUUACAAGGUUGCAUUGCAGGAAUUAGAUGGGAUAAUGAACAAGCUUUGUAUUACUGAAGAUUGUGUCUUGUAGAGUUGUAGUUAUAGACAUUAUGAUUAAAAUGAAUGGUGUAUCAUAACACUGUAAGUCUGUAAUCUGCGUAGCUGAUAGUGUUCAAUAUAAUGCUUUUUUUUCUUUACUGUCA